AUGAUAGGAAGAUUCAAAAAAGAACUCUCACGCCUUCUCUCUCAACUCUUCUCCGUUUUCUUAUCCUUUGAUUUCUCCCAUCAAUAUCAGAGGAGAACGGAUAAUACCCUGGCUGUUGUCCCUAUAAUUAGAUGCCCUGGGGGUGGUCCUGCCGAGAUGGUAGCUUCUUUGUUAGAUCAGCAAUUACGUGACCAUCUCUUAGCCAAGAACAAUCUGUUCACCGAAGGUGGAAACUUUUCCAGUUUAUUUCAAAGACCAAUUUUAUGUAUAUUCGAUAGAAACUUCGAGUUAUCAGUAGCCAUGCAGCAUGAUUUCAGGUAUAGGCCACUUGUUCACGACGUUCUUGGCUUGAAGCUUAAUAGUCUAAGCGUGCCAGGUGAAAAGGGUGGAAUAAAAACCUACGAACUCGAUCGAUCCGACCCAUUCUGGGCAGCAAAUGAAUCGCUUGAAUUCCCAGAAGUCGCAGUCGAGAUCGAAUCACAGCUGAAUAAAUACAAGAAAGACGUUGAAGAUGUCAAUAGAAGAACAGGAGGAAACAAUGGUGCUGAAUUCGACGGCACAGAUUUAGUCGGCAACACUAAGCAUUUAAUGAACGCGGUAAAUUCACUCCCUGAGUUAACCGAGCGUAAACAGGUAAUCGAUAAACACACAAACAUUGCCACAACAUUACUCGGACAAAUCAAAGACAGGUCUCUGGAUUCCUACGCCAAAAAAGAGAACGACAUGAUGAUUAAAGGAAACAUCGACAAAACCGAACUCAUCAGCGUUCUCAAAGGAAAAGGAACGAACGUCGACAAGCCACGUUUCGCCAUCAUGUACCUAAUAUCAUCCGAAACCAUCCCUCAAUUUGAAGUAGAAUCCGUCGAAACAGCUCUCAGGGAAUCCGAAAUCGAUGCCAGCGCGUUUCAAUACGUUAAAAAAAUGAAAUCAUUAAACGUAUCGUUAGCCUCGGCUAACUCCGCGAGUAGAAGUAACAUUGUGGAUUGGGCGGAGAAGCUUUACGGGCAGUAUAUAAGUGCGGUUACUGCGGGCGUGAAGAAUCUGUUAUCGAGCGACCAUAAACUCGCACUUUCGAGGACUGUUGAGGCUUUAAUGGAAGGGAAACCGAACCCCGAAAUCGAUUCGUACCUCGUAUUGGAUCCUCGUGCUCCGAAAUCUUCUGGGGGGUCGAGUGGGGGUCAUUUGAAGGGGCCUUUUAAGGAGGGGAUUGUGUUUAUGAUUGGAGGAGGGAAUUAUGUGGAGUAUGGAAGUUUGCAAGAGCUAGCCCAAAGGCAGCAGCAAUCUGUUAAACAUGUUAUCUAUGGAACCACGGAAAUGCUAACCGGGGCUGAAUUCGUCGAGCAACUUGCGGUUUUGGGUAACAAAAUGGGAUUAGGCGGCGGUGCUGGUGCUGGUGCUGGUGCUGGGGCUUCGUCGAGCUAAUUAUGCAAUACUUUUCUUACUUGAAUAUUUGGGUUUGGAGUCGGACAAAGUAAGUAACAACUACUAUUAAUUGCUACAUAUAUACACUAUUAUUUGGUUUGUUUAUUAUUAGUACUUGUGUUUUAUAAGAUGAAAAA